UGCGUGGUAUGAAUAAUCUACCAUCUAAAAACGAGACUAGUAAUUCCAGUAGCUAACAUAGCUGGCUCAGACAAAUUCAGAGUUUUCAUCUUUUUCUUAUUUCUGGAAAACUUCCAGUCUGAUAAUUACUAUCGGAGAAAGAUAAAAAAAAGUAAAUAGGUACCACUAUAUGGAUUCUGUGCUUGGUAAUUUGCCAUCUUAUAACCCUCACAAUUUCAGUCAGAUUCGACCUUCAGAUCCUUCUAGUUCUUCUACACCAGCUACUUACCAUCCUACUCACAGCAGGACCCUUCCACCGCCUGAUCAAGUGAUAAACACUGAAGCCAAAAAUAUCCUUCUAAGGCACAUUUAUCAGCAUGCUCGGGAAAAGUUGAAACCAAAAAGAGCUGCAGCUGGCAACCUUUUACCGGAGCACGGAUGCAAGCAACCUAGGGUUUCCACUUGAGAGUGUUCAUUGACCAACUACUGCAUGCAAUUGUCUGCUACUUUUUCUCUCAAAUGAUAAACACUUGUUUAAGAGUUUGGUGCUUGUUUGAAGUUGUAAGCUAUUAUUAGUCAGGUACAUACUUGGUGUGUGUAAAUUGGACAACUCCCUCACCAAUCAAAAUAUACAGCAAAUGAAAUUAUCAUUGUCCACACAAGUUAGGAAAAUGUUUUAA